CAACCAUGUUGAAAUUAAUAAACGUUUUAGUUGCUUUUUAUGUUAUAAAAUGUGCGCAGGCGCAAAUUGCUUUUACCGGUCUGCCAUGCACUGUGCGUAAUCCUAAAAUCGUUGGCGGCAGCGAAGCAGAGCGUAAUGAGAUGCCUUUUAUGGUGAGUCUAAUGCGACGCGGUGGUCACUUUUGUGGUGGUACCAUAAUACAUGAACGCUGGAUUCUGACUGCUGGUCAUUGCAUCUGCAAUGGCCUACAAAAGUUCAUGAAGCCAGCACAAAUCCAAGGUGUUGUGGGUCUGCACAGCAUACCGGAGUAUCUAAAUGGCGUUGGCAACGGUCCGGAUGCGCAGCGAGUGGAUUUCAAGAGUAUUGUGCCGCAUCCACAAUAUGACUGCAAUAAUGUAAAUCAUGAUAUUGCGCUGUUGGAACUGGUACAGCCAAUUAGUUUUUCGGCCCACAUUCAGCCCAGUUGUGUAAGCUCGGAUAAGGAGCAACGCAUCUUGGAGCAAGAAUAUGGCACAGUCUCUGGCUGGGGCUGGACUCAGGAGAAUCAGGCGGAGGGCGAUCGUGCGGAUGUUUUGCGCAAGGCAGUUGUUAAAAUAUGGAACAAUGAGGUCUGCGAGCGUUCCUAUCGUGCGUUGGGCAAGUCCAAUAGCAUUGGCGACACCCAAUUAUGUGCGGGCUACGAAAAUGGCCAAAUCGACUCGUGUUGGGCGGAUUCCGGUGGCCCAUUGAUGUCUAAGGAGCAUCACUUGCUGGGCGUUGUAUCAACAGGCAUUGGCUGUGCCCGUCCAGGACUACCAGGCAUUUAUACGCGAGUCAGCAAAUACGUAAGCUGGAUACAAAACGUAAUGAACAGCAGGCACUAGCCAAUAAACGCUGGUCAACUAUAUGUGAUUAAACUGUGAUACUUCGUUUUAAAAUUCAAUUAAA